GACCCGGAUAUUUGGAUAAACACACCAGUAAAAGUCCCUUUUACUGAAAUCCGCAACAGUCCUUAUGAUGAUAAAAAUAAAAAUACAGAUAACCUCUGGUAUAAGAAAAUUGAACAACGCAAUUCAUAUUUGACUUACUCAAUUUGGAAUGAAUGCACUGAACCCCUGUACUUCAUUGUACUCUUUUUGUACGUAACGUUACGCAGUGACGUAACUAACUCGUUCCCCUGCACGUGAGCAUAAGGAAAAAUAAAAGUUGGGUCACUCAAGAGCUGUGAAUAUCAUAUAAAUCCAAAUGGCAACUCCAGAUGCGUUCAAAGUUGGCUCUUUAAAGGGCAAAGUGACGCUGAUCACCGGCGCGAGCUCAGGGAUCGGAGCGGGCGCCGCGGUGCUGUUCUCCAGACUGGGCGCGCAGCUGGCGCUCAACGGACGCGAUGUGGACAACCUCAGCAGAGUCGCCAAAGAGUGCGAAGCCUGUGGGGCAGUUAAACCCUUAUUAGUGCCAGGAGACUUAACAGAUGAGGACACUGUGAAGAGGACAGUGGAAGAGGUCAUCACUCACUUUGGGAAGCUGGACGUCCUCAUCAACAGUGCAGGAAUCCUCGCCAUGGGCAGUAUAGAGACAACAGACAUGGCCCAAUAUGACAAGGUCAUGUCUGUCAAUGUCAGAUCAGUAUAUCAUCUCACUCAUCUCUGUGUGCCUCAUCUCAUCAAAACGAAAGGCUCGAUUGUGAAUGUGUCCAGUGUGAAUGGCCAACGAUCAUUUCCUGGUGUACUUGCCUACUGCAUGUCCAAAUCAGCCAUCGACCAGUUCACACGCUGUGUUGCUCUUGAGUUGGCAUCAAAGCAAGUACGUGUCAACUCAGUUUGCCCAGGAGUAAUUAUAACAGAAGUUCACAAGCGUGCAGGACUGGAUGAGGACCAGUAUGCUCAGUUCCUUGAGAAAUGCAAGGUGACUCAUGCUCUUGGCAGACCAGGGGAAGUAGAUGAAGUAGCUCACGCUGUCGCCUUCCUGGCAUCUGAUGCAGCAACAUUUAUAACAGGAGUCAAUCUUCCAGUGGACGGAGGUCGACAUGCUAUGUGUCCACGGUAAUGCUUUGCCGCCAUGAUACAGCUCUGUCAUAGCGGAGUGUCAUAAAAGCAAAUAAAUAAACUAAGUUGGAAUCGA